AUGUCGACGAUCACGGAGAUCACCAGCCUUGCCGACUGGGAGAAGCACAUUGCCUCCACCCCGUCUUCUUCCCUCCACAUCAUCUCCUUCCAUGCACCAUGGGCUGCCCCAUGCGCCCAGAUGGCCACCGUCCUCUCGACCCUUGCCUCCGAAUACCCCGUCACCACCCCCCCGCAAACAUCCUGGGUUUCCAUAAACGCUGAGGAGCUCAGCGACAUUAGCGAGACAUACAAUGUCACUGCAGUCCCCUUCCUCGUUCUUCUGCGCAACGGCCAGGUCCUCGAGACCGUCAGCGGCAGCAGCGCCGUCAAGGUGCGCAAUGCGAUCGAGACACACGCAAAGAAGCCUGCCAGCACCGCUGCCACGGUAAACGGCAACCAGGGCGUUGAGAAUGGACCUAGUGCGAUGCAGGUCGACGAGCCCGUCGACCCGGCCAAGGCCAAAGAGGAAUUAUUUAAGCGCCUGGCAGACCUUGUCAAGGCUGCGCCGGUCAUGCUCUUUAUGAAGGGCACCCCCAGUUCACCCCAGUGUGGCUUUUCAAGGCAGCUUGUCGCUAUCUUGAGAGAGCACUCGGUCAAGUACGGUUUCUUCAACAUCCUGGCAGACGAUGAGGUACGACAGGGCUUGAAGGAGUAUGCGGAAUGGCCGACCUACCCUCAGCUCUGGGUUGACGGCGAGCUGGUCGGUGGUCUUGAUAUUGUUAAGGAGGAGCUUUCCAAUGAUCCCGAGUUCUUUGGCCCGUACAGCAUCAAGGCCAGUGCAGAGGCCGCUGCCACUUCGUAA